AUGACGCAGUCGUCCGUGGUCAAGAACCCUCAGACAAAAUUCGAUGCUUUCGCGGAGUUUAUAGGCGCAUCGUUUGAAGCAAACCCCUUCCCGAGUUUCCUCGUCGCUGUGUGCGUUUUCAUCUUCUCGGUGGCUGCUACGGCGUGGCUUCUGGUGGGCGCUUUCGAUAGAGUGGUUCCUCGAGAUCCGAGUAUUGCAAUAGGGAAGGAGAGCAACAAGGAGGGAGAAAAAUCGACAGAGGAGUAG